CCAAGUUUUCUUAUUAUGAUAGUAAUUAUUUAUGUCACCGUGUUAUUGCCGUCGAUUCUUCGAAACUGUGUCAACAGUGAUAAACAUUAUUUUAAUUUAAAAAAUAAAAAGAGAGGAUAAAACCCAACCGCUCCGAGCGAUAUUUCAAAGUCUUCGCACGAAUGCAACAAUUCUCUUUCCUUCAAUCCCACUGCAAUGGCGAAAACAGAGAAGCGAGUCCCAGAAAGACUCGGAUCUUCUUCUUAUUUUCUCGGCUGUUUCGGAUUUUCCCCGAAAGUAUACUCCGACAAGCCGAUGGUUACAAAAGAAGACGGUUGUAAGAAGAAGAAGCGAAUUAGUCGGUGGUUUUUAUGUUCGAAGUUCCGCCUGAAGAACGGCGAGAUCAAACCGUCGCCGAUCGAGGAAACAGAGAAACCUACUUGGAGAGUAGAAGAUGAAACUGAUGAUAAGCAGAAACCCCUCUCCGUGAUACGUCGUACAACUGAUCGUAAAAGUAUUCCAGUUGAUGAUAAAGCCAUGAAUCAGGAAACAAAAGAGACAAAACCUAAGGACUUACGAGACUCCACCCCUGACCGAUCAAAACCCAUCGAACCGCUAGGUUCCUUCAAAAAAGACACGUGUCCAGAGCGGAUAUCUAAUUCCACCCGUUACUUGAAAUCAGACUUGAAACCAACUCGAUCAAGAAACGGGUCACGGGUCAAGCCUUUUGACCCGGUAAUUGGGAUUUCGAUAAUUAUAUUGACGUUGAUGAUUAUGUUAGUUUGGGGUCGACUUUGUGCUAUUCUGUGUACAUCCGCUUGGUGUUACGUCCUACCUCGUGUCAGAGACGCAGCCGCGUUGGCUAAACGCAAACGCAACGGUAGCGAUGUAGGGGAUUUGAAUUCACAGUCUUAUAAAAGAAAAGUCGUUUUGGACGGGUUUCUUGGACGGCAAAAUCGCGUUUCGUUGUCAUGAUGAUCCUUUCUUUUUGUUUUGUUUUCUAUAUUAUAAUGGUUUGGUCAUACUUUUUGUUUUCUUUAAAGCAGGGAUAAACAGUGUUUCCGUUUAAUAACGAUGAUCGAUCGAUUGUGAAUGGACACAUUAAGUAUAAUAUAUUGUCUUGUGUUUUUAGAGGUCAAUAUUUAGCAGCCUAUUUUUGUAAUCUAGGAAUUUUCUUGGUUUUACCAAGUUUGGAUUGGUUUGAUUGGGAUAUAUAAUAUUCAGCGAUCAGUGAUGUCA